ACUGAGCAGCGGCGGCUCCCGGCGUGACCCGAAGGCCCGUUUCCCACACCUGCGCCCACGCCCUACCCUGCAUCUUCAGCCACCCCUAGGCGCUCGGGAACUCCAGGCCCUGGAGUGGAUUUGGCCCCUCCUCCACCAUCUCCUGGAACAACCAAAAAUUUAAUUUGGGAUUUCCCUGAGUAAACAAGUCUUUUGUUCAAUGAUGGAUUUAAUACGUAUAUAUCUUUGAAGGAUUUUUUAAAAACACAUUUGAAUUUUGAUCUUCGUUUUGGUGACAGUCCCUCACCUGUACAUUAUUAUUUGUUUUUGUGAUUAUUUCUCUCUCUGCGCAUUGCUCCUUGACUCACGAGGGAGAGGACUGAGGCUGAGAGCUCGCAGGGGCGAUGUACCAGAGCCUGGCCAUGGCCGCCAACCACGGCCCCCCUCCGGGGGCCUACGAAGCGGGCGGCCCGGGCGCCUUCAUGCACAGCGCGGGCGCUGCAUCCUCGCCCGUCUACGUGCCCACGCCGCGGGUGCCUUCCUCGGUGCUGGGCCUGUCCUACCUCCAGGGCGGAGGCGGAGGCGCUGCGUCCGGGGCCACCUCGGGCAGCAGCUCGGGUGCGGCCCCGUCGGGUGCUGGACCCGGGACCCAGCAGAGCAGCCCGGGCUGGAGCCAGGCGGGAGCCGAGGGAGCCGCCUACACCCCGCCGCCUGUGUCGCCGCGCUUCUCCUUCCCGGGCACCACAGGGUCCCUGGCAGCUGCUGCCGCCGCCGCCGCGGCCCGGGAAGCCGCGGCCUACAGCAGUGGCGGCGGGGCGGCGGGCGCGGGCCUGACCGGCCGCGAGCAGUACGGGCGUGCGGGCUUCGCCGGCUCCUACUCCAGCCCCUACCCGGCCUACAUGGCCGACGUGGGCGCGUCCUGGGCCGCGGCCGCCGCUGCCUCUGCCGGUCCCUUCGACAGUCCGGUCUUGCACAGCCUGCCCGGCCGCACCAACCCCGCCGCUCGACACCCCAAUCUCGUAGAUAUGUUUGAUGACUUCUCGGAAGGCAGAGAGUGUGUCAACUGUGGGGCCAUGUCCACCCCACUCUGGAGGCGGGACGGGACAGGGCACUACCUGUGCAACGCCUGUGGCCUUUACCACAAGAUGAACGGGAUCAACCGGCCCCUCAUCAAGCCCCAGCGCCGUCUGUCCGCUUCUCGCCGGGUGGGCCUCUCCUGCGCCAACUGCCAGACCACCACCACCACGCUGUGGCGACGCAACGCGGAGGGCGAACCCGUGUGCAACGCCUGCGGCUUGUACAUGAAGCUCCACGGUGUUCCCAGGCCUCUUGCAAUGCGGAAAGAGGGAAUUCAAACCAGAAAACGGAAGCCCAAGAACCUUAAUAAAUCUAAGACACCAGCAGGUCCCUCGGGCAGCGAGAGCCUCCCUCCCACCAGCAGCGUCUCCAGCGCCUCCAGCACCGCGACCACCAGCAGCAGGGAGGAGAUGCGCCCCAUCAAAACAGAGCCCGGGCUGGCGCCCCACUACGGCCACAGCAGCGCCAUGUCCCAGACGUUCUCGGUCAGUGCGAUGUCUGGCCACGGGCCCUCCAUCCACCCAGUCCUCUCGGCCCUGAAGCUCUCCCCGCAAGGCUACGCGUCUUCUGUCAGCCAGUCACCGCAGGCCAGCUCCAAGCAGGACCCUUGGAACAGCCUGGCCUUGGCUGACAGUCACGGGGACAUAAUCACUGCAUAAUGCCACCUCCCUCCCUCCUCAGAUUCCUGCAGACUUGGGCCUGGGAGAAGGCAGAGAUGCGGCGCUGGGCUCCCCGCGGCCAGCCUGCUCUGUCUGGGAAUGACUCCGGAAGAACAACUGGGAAGACACUUGAAGUCGAUGAUUUGGUUAGGGGAAGUGGAUGCUGCAUUUUUAUCAGAUGCCUUCUCAACACCGGGGACUGGGAGGAGCCCGGACUCUGAUCUGGAUGCAUGCACCCUUCACUAGGAGCACACUUAAGUCCCUUUCAUGGAGUUAGAGACAUCCUUCUCAUUUUCUGCCCCGCUCCACCCCUGACAAGAGAUGAGAUCCUUCUCUACCUUUCCAUCACUGACCUAUGAUGGUGGUUUUUCCACGGUGUCUCGGCACUGGGGAUAUGAGGGUGGGCAGAGGGGCAGGGUGCUGGGACGCCUGCUCCAGCCUGGGCCGGGGCAUCUGAUGUGCCUUUGGAUGUGACAGGCCCCUCCGGGCAGCUCCUGCCCUUGCCCUACACUCCCCUUCAGGCUCAGCACACCCCUGCCUCCCUCAAUACUGAAUCUUGACUCCAGAAACACUGGGCGUGGCGCCCGUGUCACUGGGUGCUCCCUGGGGAGAUGGUGGAGAGGCUGCUUCGCCCACUACACAGCACGACUUUGGCACCGUCGCAGCUUGGCAACUGGGCCUCCCCCGCGUUUCUUUCCCUGGCUCACGGCCUCAUUCCUUCCCACCUUCUCUUCACCCCAAGGUCUCUGAAAAUAAAAAUCCCUUCCACUGCUCCACAUGAUUCAGCUCUGCCUUCAACUUGAAUGUGUUUCUCCCUCAGCAAAACAAGAGCCUGGCAGUUUAGCCAAACAGCAGCACCCCCUCACCUGUCCCCCAAAAUUCUUCCUGCACCCCAUCCCACACAGGGGGUUCUGAGAGAGAACAAAGAAGGUUCUGCUGCUAAAGCAAGUUCGACUUAACGCUCAUCUAAGACUUGCGAUCCUCCUGGAG